CCGGAGCCGGUCGUCGCCGCCAACCGACCCAGUGAUACUCCAGGAGUAAGGAGGACGCCUUUGAUCAGGAUCAUUCUGUGAAAAUUUGUUGCUUGCUGCUCACUUCUACAGAGAGACUUUGGUGCCAAAGCAGGAGCUAUGGAUUGCUACAGCUUCACUGAUGAAAACUCUCUCCAAACCAACAUGCACCUGCCCUUGCCAUCAGACAGUGAGUUGCCCAUUGCAAGUAAUAUCCAGAGACAAGAUUUCAUCCCAGAGCCCGAUGAUAUUAUUUAUGCGGGAAUGAGAAAUAUAGACCUUGAUUGUAACCUGGAGGCUGCAGAAAUUCCUGGCGAUCUGUUUGCUGACAGUUUAGAUCUCUCCCUGUAUACUGUAGAUAAGGGAUGUGAUUCCCUAAAGAUUCCCAGUGACUCCACGGACACAGAUUCUCCACCCAUGCUGCUAGGUAUUAGUCCCCUCCCACAGAAAAGCACUCCUGAGAAAAGUACUGCAAAAAGUGAAAGGAAAUGUGGAGGUCUACAGAAAAGAAGGCGUCUGUCCACAAGGCAUUCUCCACAGCAAGUGUUCCAGGAGUGCAGCCAGUGUGGGAAGUCAUUCAGCAGCGCUAGUGCCCUGAGCAAACACUAUCUGACGCAUAGUCACGAACGCCGGCAUAUCUGCAGCAUCUGCAGUAAAGCCUUUAAGAGACAAGACCAUUUAUCUGGGCAUCUGCUAACACACCAAAAAAAUAAACCCUAUGUCUGUAUGGAGCAUGGAUGCGAUAAAAGCUAUUGUGACUCGAGGUCCUUGCGUCGUCACUAUGAAGUCCAGCAUGGCUCAUACAGUCAGAGGGAGCCCUUUCAUAAUAACAGCUCAAAAGGGGUGGAUUCAGCAGAGAGCUUGCUGUUCCUGCAGCCCGGCCACACGCAGGCCCUUCAGUGUGACAUAGGAGCGGGGCAGAGGCCAGCAGCACAAAUCGAAUCUUUUCCACAGAGAUCCUCUUUGCCAAGCAGAGAACUGCUGAAACCUCUGAUGAGUAGCGUAUGCCAGAAAGUGCCAGCUGAAACUGGAGCACCUGAAAGCAGUGUUACAUUGCACUAUCCCACGCAAACCCAUGCGGUAGCAAAUGUGCUUGCCAGUCCAACUGUAUGUUUCUCAGAGAGAUCAGACACUGUCAGACAAACCAAAUAUCGACUGUUGCAGAGAGAGGAAUCUUCUGGUAUAAAUUGUAAUGCAACCGAUCCAUAUAACAAAGUAAAUUCUUCCCAUUUUUCUGUACCAAACCCCAAUGUAUCUUGUUUAGAUUCUUAUGUGAUGGACUCAGUAAUUCCCAGUAGACCUUCACAGCCUGCGCGAUAUGCACUAGAGCCGUCAAGACCUGCAAGUUGGCCACAGACGGUGAGCACAGAUCAUACACUCCCAAGGAGUGAAACUGCUUCCAACAGGCAACAAGCAAAUCAGGACCUUGUGUGGACCAACAACUUGGCAACCUACAGUGGCAGCAAAGGGACUUACUCCUACAUCGUUCCCAGCUCCCAACCUUCUGAGGAGGUUUCCACUACUUUUUCAAGUGGAGCUUUGCAUAAACUUGACUCGUUUGCCCAGGCCUUCACGAGACAGAAUUUGGACAUUCAGUCCAGUCCUUCCGGAGCAAAUACCUCAGGUGAAAAUUCAUCAGUUUCUGAAUUUGAUGUUUGUGGAAAUGUUCUCAGACAGAUUCUGAGUUAUAAAGCAAAUUUAAACCAGUGGCAAGCAUUUCCUGAGCAGAAAUACCAGAUAGUGCAAGAGCAAUACUCGCUACACCAGCAACAUCAACAACAGAUAGCAACUUCCCUCUUCACGCAAGUCUACAUGGGCGAUCAGGAGGCCUCCACUGCCCAGAACCAAGACCAGUUUCAAAACCACAUGCUGCAGCUGAUCUCAGAUUCCCAGUACAAUCUAUCUGAAUCCCAGAAUUCGGUAAAUCAGUCACAAGUUAUAGUUACCCAGUCCCAGCAUAUGCUUUCUCAGAAGAUCUCACCCCAGAUCCAGAAUAACUCAUCGCCAUUGCAUCAGCCAUCAGAACUAGAGCAAGACUUUCAGCAUUCCUUCAGACAGGAAAACACUUCUGUUUUACAAUUUCAAACAACAAAUCCUUGCCAACUCUCCAAGAGCAUCCUGUCCUGCUAUCCACAGCCAGCAGAAAGUACCGAUCAGCAGGGGGAAACUGAUUUGCAGCCUACCUUCAGAGGCAUCUCAGAAAGCCACAGGAAGUCCAAGAAGAGCCUGUUCAAGGCACAGAACCCUUCUGAGUCAGUGUGUGAAGAAGAGUUUGUUCAGAAGCAGUUUCAGUCACAGUCAAAGCAAUUAGAGGGUUGGUCAUUUCCACUGCACAAGAAAGGCAGAAUGUCUAACAAGCAUGUGUGUGUAAAGCAUUUCACUCUUACAGGUAAAUCCAGUAAGAAUGUGUCGGUCUCUCGAAAGGAACGGCAGAAGUUAGAUACCAACUGCGCAGCUCCUCCAAGUCAGGUGGCUAUGAAUUCCUUCUCUGUCAAGAAUUCUAUGAGGAGUAUGGAACACCAUCUGCAAAUGGAACAUUUUCAUGAGAGGGUCCAGGGUGAAGAUAGUUACAGCCUUUGCAGCAUGCCAGAAGAGGAAGAUGGACCUUCAUCAGUGCUGUGCAAGGAUCUGGCAAGUGGCAACGCUGCGGAAAAUUUGGAAGAAAAUGUAGAAAGCUUCCAGUGUGAGCAAUGUCAAGGUGUCAUCCACUUUCUGAAGGGAUUAAAUUGCCACAGUUGUCCAGGAGAAGGUGAAGGUGAAGGUGAAGGAAAACAACAUUCAUUAGAGGAUGCUGUUAACUCUCAGGAGUACCUAGAGGAUAAACUUAGCACACUUCUGUUGAAGAAGCCAGUAGAGGAAAGUGUAGCAAUGCCUUUGGUGAUCCCAGUCUCAAUACCUGUGAAAAUCGUUGGCCUUGCAAAAGAUAGCAAAGUGGAGGGUUCACCAAUUACACCAAAGAAGUUAGCUGCUGCAAGACCGACCUCAAAUGACAGCCCUAUCCAGGUCCUUGAAACCGGCAGAGCAGCAAGUGUAAACUGCCGAGGCUUCUCCACAAAGCAAGAGAGGAAGCGAUGUCGUGCGGAGCCGUUGUUUAUCCCAUCCCCAUCUUCCGGUCAGGCUGGAGUCCAGCCAGGGAUGGCACUGUACCAGAGUCACAUGCGCUCUCCAGUUUGCUUAGCUGAUCACCUUUUGGACAACUUCCAGCCUCCCCCUUACACACCACCGCCAAUGCUGAGCCCCAUACGUCAUGGCUCCGGACUUUACUUCAACAGGAUCUGUUCUCAGCCUGGGAGCAGGACACCUUAUAGUGUGUUCACUCCUAAAGGUAGUGUUGUAGAUGGUGUCAAUGGAAUUUGUGCUCUCUCUCUGGUUAAAGAUGACUCUAUAAUCAUCAUAGAACCGCACAUUAACAUUGGGAGCCGAUUCCAGGCUGAGAUUCCACCACUGCAAGACAAGUCAUUGGUUGAAGAGAGUGUCCACCAAGCAGACUUGGUCUGGAAACCUUGGAAUGACAUCGAAACCAAUAAAGUCACGCAAACAAGAGUGACAGACCUUCUGAAUUUGGCUUGUUCCAGUGUGCUGCCAGAAGGAGGUACCAACCUGGAACUGGCCCUGCAUUGUCUGCACGACACCCAUGGAGAUAUUUUGGCUGCUCUGGAUAUGUUGCUAAUGAAGGAUGCCAGGAGGGAUCCUACACAUCCUCUGGGAAAUUACCACUAUACAGGGACUGAGAAGUGGACUGCAGCAGAGAAAAAGAUGUUCAAUAAAGCAAUUUGCCUUCAUAGGAAGGACUUCUUCCUGAUGCAGAAGAUGAUAAAGCACAAGACUGUGGCUCAGUGUGUAGAAUAUUACUACACCUGGAAGAAACAACUGAAGUUUGAAUGGAAAAGGACACAGCUGCUUGAGGAAGAGGAGGAAGAGAUAAUGCGUGAAGCGGACGGUGCCGGAGAUGGAAAAGAAUUAAAAAAUCUGAACGUGAGUGUUUCCUCCCAGAGCACUGCGAACCGGGAAAAUCUUAAGAAGAAGGUGAUCCGAACCAAGUCCAGCUCCUCACCCUCCAUUCACUGUCAGACAGGAGUCCUGCACAGGAGUGAAAACAAUCUCAAUAUGUGCUAUUACCCGUGUAAAGAAUGCACCAAAGUAUUUGAAAAAGUGAAAAGUCGAAACGCCCACAUGAAAUGCCACAGACAACAAGAGGAACAAGAAAGGCAGGAGAAGAUGAAACGAUCAAGAAUUCGGUUGAAAGUUGAGAUAAAGGAGGAACCAGAGGAGGCGGUUGUAGUCUUCGACCCAAACAAUCUGCCUGACAUCACCAAACCAUUGGGAGCUCACCACUAGCUGGCAAAGGUAAACCCAGGACAGUGGAGUGGUGUGGCACAGUUGCCUGUGCUGUACCUAUAGAGACUGUGGACUGAAGAUGUUCUUUGGGAUAUAAAUAUCUGCUUCCCCAGGACAGUGGAGUGAUGUGGCACAGUUGCCUGUGCUGUUAUAGAGACUAUGGACUGAGGAUGUUCUUUGGGAUAUAAAUAUCUGCUUCCAGGUACUUUUAACUCAAAGUUAGGGAUGACGUCCAUUGUUGCUGAGUAUUGAUAUAUUGAGUCCAGACUGCACCAAUGUCCUCAGCCCAACAUGUUCCAACCAGUCUAGACACCAGAAUUUAAAGUCAAUUCUUUUACUCUUUUUAGUCAGAGGUACUGAGCACAAAUCCAGCAUUCCAGUUUAACCAGGCUAGAAAAAUUCUUUACUUAGUUACCUCUGGUUUUGUAGUUUUUUAAAAACAAGUGUUUUUGACAGAUUGCUGAUAUUGUCAUUGUUUUACCUGUGGGUAAUGAGAACUGCUGUUGUCACUCAAUCGAACCUUUUAAUAGAGUGUUUUAAGAUUUUAAAAAUUGUUGAAGUUUGAAUUGUUUUAAACAGCAAGCGGGGCCUGGCCGGUGAAGGCACUCCCGCUGUCCCUCAACUUCUAUAUCACCUCAGACGUUUUUUAACCAAGGACAAUCACAAAGAUUCCUUGGCCAAAUCGCUGUUGGGUUUUGCAUGCUAUUUUAAAGAGUAUAAGGGUAGCCUAGCAUGAGAUCCGCCGUUAGCAGACGGAUGGCCUCCGCGAUAUGCAACCAGCUAAAACCUCCUAUACGUGAGGAACAGUACAGCUGUGUGUAUGUGUAUAACAAUAAACCAAGUGCGAACAAGGCAAAAAUUGGAAACGGAGCAUUUUAACUAUUGAUUUUACAGUGAGGAGCUUAAAAAUAUUGUGCUUACCUUCACGAAAGUCCACAGCAUUCUGUCCUGUGGUUUCCUUACCUUCUGUUUAAGUCUGAGAAACUGUAGUUUCACUAUAGCCUCACUAUAUAGAGGAUUCACUGAUUUACAGAGCCUACUAACCGUAGGAACGAGCCCCAUCAUCUAAAUCUGAACUCACCUAAAAACACUUGAACAGUGAAAAUCUGAAAUUAUAUCAAUCCAGCUGAAAUUAGAACAAGUCAGCCUCUGACCAUUAAAUGUUGAUGUGCAUACCUCUGACACUAACCCUUUAGCUGUUGUCGAGACAGUGUGCAGAUCCAGUGACCCUCCAUUUAGGGGCACAGAUUAGAGUUUCAGUACUCCACAGUGGCUCUAGGGCUAAAGUGACAAGACUGGAAAUGCAUUGAGACACCAGAGCAGCUACACACACUCUCCAGCUCGUUUGAUUGUAGAAAAAUACAGAUACCUGUUAAACAGGCUAAAAAUCACCGGGUGCAGCAAGUAUCAAACUUCAGUUCAAAAAGUCUUUGAUCAUAAAUUCACCCAAUAAACCACAGUUUCCUAACAGAUUUAAAACUGUAAGUAUGUUAUGCACCAAUCAUCUUACUUUUGUAUUUGUACAUUGUGUAUAAAUAACUGCAAAAGGUAAUUCAUCGGUUUCCAGAAACUUCCCGUGAGAAUGGAUUUUUUUUUUUCCUUUUUUGCCACUAAAUUCAGCUUUCAUUUUGUGAACGAGUGUUUGCACUGUGAGUUUGUACACUUACUUUGGAGAAUUGUAAUACAAAGGGAGUUGAGGUCUCUCUCUGAUCCAGUUGAUUACCUUGGUUCUGCCUCAAAGCAAUGUGCAAGAGUUAAGAGCAUUGACAUGUUACAAUUUUAUAGUUGUUUUGUUUGUGGGUAAAAACACUUUAAAACAAUCAUUCACGUGAAAACCCACGGAUGCUGUAAAUCACAAAACCCUGGAGUUAACUUUCUUCCAAG